UGACGGGGCUGCGCAUCUCACCGACCGGGAAUACACCGACUGGCGAACGUUUCGGCCUCUUCCCCGCUGCACCGCGGGCUGUUUCUGUGCAACUGCGGAGGGGAGUGGGCUCGGCGUUUUCUUGUGAGCCGCCGGGGGGUCGGUGUUGGGCGAGGACGGAGAUGCCACUCAUCCAGCGGGAGCCGUGUUUGUUUUGUAUGGCGAAAUGAGGCAGCAGGGGGUGGAGAGCCGCCACAGAGACGCUGGGCUCCGGCCAAACAACACCGCAUUUUAGCCCCACAUUCGAUGCUGCUCCGGCCUCGCCUUGCGUUGCUUUUAUCGCGCCGCUGAUCUCUGGCUUAUUUCGGGGGUGUAUUUCUGCAAAGUGCACGGCGGAAGGAAGAUGCAUCUCGGCUGAGGAGGACACCCCCCAUCCAGAUAUCUAUCCGUCGCUGCCAUGACAGGCAGCCUCGCGACCGCGGCUCGGGCGGCUGGGGAGCAGGCAGAUUGAGAAGGGGACGGAGGGUUCGCUUCUGCGGGUGCAAGUCCGCCAGUGGAGCCUGUGAAGGCGACAGAACAAGCCGUGGUCAUCACUCAGGGAACACAGGGAGGAAGGGAACAACAUGUCUUCUCGCUCUGCAUUACCGUCUGGGAACGACAGGAGCACCGGAGAGCAUCAUGUGUCACUGGGGUCCAGCCGCUCUGACAAGGCUACCAGCCAGUCCAGUCGCUCGCUGGGGGCACGGUGUCGGAACUCCAUCGCCUCCUGCUCAGACGAGCAGCCGCACAUUGGCAACUACCGUCUACUGAAGACCAUCGGCAAGGGAAACUUCGCCAAGGUCAAGUUGGCCCGUCAUAUCUUGACCGGCAAGGAGGUUGCAAUAAAAAUCAUUGACAAAACUCAGUUGAACCCAACCAGCCUACAAAAGCUUUUUCGGGAGGUACGAAUAAUGAAAGGCUUGCAUCACCCCAACAUCGUGCAGCUGUUCGAGGUGAUUGAGACGGAUAAGACCCUCUACCUAAUCAUGGAAUAUGCCAGUGGAGGUGAAGUGUUUGACUACCUCGUGUCUCAUGGAAGAAUGAAGGAGGUCGAAGCCAGAGCCAAAUUCAGACAGAUCGUCUCCGCUGUCCACUACUGCCACACCAAGAAUAUCGUCCACAGAGAUUUAAAGGCGGAAAACCUUCUGCUGGACGCCGAUGCCAACAUCAAGAUUGCAGACUUCGGCUUCAGCAACGAGUUCACGCUGGGCAACAAGCUGGACACGUUUUGCGGCUCGCCUCCGUACGCCGCCCCGGAGCUCUUCCAGGGCAAAAAGUAUGAUGGGCCCGAGGUGGACGUCUGGAGUCUCGGGGUCAUCCUCUACACGCUGGUCAGCGGAUCACUGCCCUUCGAUGGGCAGAACCUGAAGGAGCUGAGGGAGCGUGUGCUGCGAGGGAAGUACCGCGUGCCCUUCUACAUGUCCACUGACUGUGAAGGGAUCCUUCGCAGAUUCUUGGUUCUCAAUCCCACAAAACGUUGCACCCUGGAGCAAGUCAUGAAGGACAAGUGGAUCAAUGCGGGGUACGAGGGAGACGAUCUGAAGCCUCACAUAGAGCCAGUGGAGGACUACAGUGAUGCCGCCCGCAUCGAGGUGAUGGUAGGGAUGGGCUUCACCCCAGAGGAAAUCAAGGACUCCCUGCUCAAUCAGAAGUACAACGAGGUCACGGCCACGUACCUGCUGCUCGGCCGAAAAGAUGAGGGCAGUGAAGCUCGAACAGCCAGCACCUUAUCGCUGGCCAGGGUACGACCCAGCCCCAUUACCAACGGCACCAACAAGCACUCUUCAGCGACCGGCUCCUCCUCCUCCUCCACCUCCUCCUCUCAUAGCAAGACUCAGCGCAGUGCCUCCACCUACCACAGGCAGCGGCGACACAGCGACUUCUUCCUCCACAACAAAGGCGGGCCCUCCAUGCCCGUCAUGCACCCCAAGAGGAGCCCCACCAGCACAGGCGACAGAGAGCUGCGAGAGGGACGGAUGCCCUCACGUAAGGCCAGUUGCAGCGUAAUGGGAAGCCACAGCCUCCCCCCCUCUAGUCCCAUGGUCAGCAGUGCCAACAACCCUAACAAGUCUGAGAUCCCCGACCGCCGCAAAGACAUGACUGCCACCACGAAUAACAUCCCUGGAAGCGCCAUGACACGCCGGAACACCUAUGUUUGCACGGAUCGCUCCGGCGGUGACAGACACUCCCUACUGCAGAACGGCAAAGACAACAGCUCUCUCAGCCACCGCAUGCCUGCAGCAUCUCCCUCCACGCUCAGCAUUUCCGGAGCAGGCGCAGCCUCUUCGUCCUCCUCUUCAGACCGCUGCCGUCUGACCCGCGGCUCUACAAUCCGCAGCACCUUUCACGGUGGUCAACUGAGAGACCGCGGCCCCCCGGUUUACUCUGCGCCACCCACCUCCCCCACCUUGUCCCACCAUGAAGCCAGCCCGCUGCCCCACGCUCGCACCCGGGCCACCUCCAACCUCUUCACCAAGCUGACCUCCAAACUCACUCGCAGGGUCACAAAUGAAUCUGAGGGAAUCAGGAGAUUUGCGGUCACAAGUUGCCAUCUACCUGGGUAUCAAAAAGCGCCCGAGCCCCGGGCCGUCGGACGUGGCUGGAAUCUGAGAGGCGGCGGGCGGCGGGACCCUGCGGAGGUGGUCCUGGCUCUGCGGGAGGCAGCGCUGGGAUGCGGCUGCCAGGUUCACUACGCCGGCCCCUUCCUGCUCUCCUGCACCCACGGCACGGCGGGGGGCCGCGUAGCUUUCGAGGCUGAGGUGUGCCAUCUUUCCACAGGCACCUCCGAGACUUCUAACGGGGUGCGCUACACCAGACUCUGGGGGGCGCCACUAGCUUUUCGGGACAUUGCCACCCAAAUCUCCAAGGACCUUGAACUAUAACAUGGAGGGUGUGCUUGUGUUGUUGUGUGAGUGUUCGGUGUGUGUGUGUGUGCGCGUGUGCACAGGGAGGAAAAAUGUCUGAGGUGUGAAGAGAAGCAGGGAAGGGGCGAGGGGCUGGACCCGAAAGACUUGUCUCUUUCAUAACUCUCCCCCAAACCCUGCACACACACACUCACACAAGCACACACACUCAACCAUGAAGACACAGACGUCCGAAUCUUCACAGCUCAGCUCUUCAACGUGCGACUGCACCCACUGGACCUGAUCAGACCCUCUUUUUUAUCGCUACUCUAGCCAUAAUAAUAUUUUGUUAUUUAUUAUUCUACGACUUGUUUUUACUCACUGUCAUUUUUCACUUGUCAGAUAUCUCCUCGGCCAUUUCUCUCCUUGUCGAGGAGCUUUGUGUGCGGCGGGCGGCCGACAGAGUUGUGUUGUACUGACUGGUGCAGACGCAGCAGUUUGGACUGGUGACUCCCCCCAUCACAUGGACACCUCAGAGCACAAGCCUCGGCCUAGUUCAUGAAGAGCAAAGCAAAUUUAGGGAAAAGAAGUUCCCCUCAUUCUGGCUUGAAUUUUAGUGACAAGAAAA